GAAAUGGCGCAGAAAGGAGUUCAACUAGACCGGGAGGCCUUCUCUUGUUCCAUCUGUCUGGAUCUCCUGAAGGAUCCGGUUGCUAUUCCCUGUGGACAUAGUUACUGUAUGAACUGUAUUAAAAGCCACUGGGAUAAAGAGGAUGAAAAGACAAUCUACAGCUGCCCUCAGUGUAGGCAGGACUUCACACCAAGGCCUGUCCUGAGGAAAAACACCAUGUUGGCAGAUUUGGUGGAGAAGCUGAAGAAGACUGGACUCCAAGCUGCUCCUGCUGAUCACUGCUAUGCUGGAUCUGAAGAUGUGGCCUGUGAUGUCUGCACCGGGAGGAAACUGAAAGCUUAUAAGUCCUGUCUGCAAUGUUUGGCCUCUUACUGUGAGAAACAUUUUCAGCCUCAUUAUGAACUACCUGUCUUUAAGAAACACAAGCUAGUGGAGCCCUCCAAGAAGCUCCAGGAGAACGUCUGCUCUCGUCAUGAUGAGGUGAUGAAGAUGUUCUGUCGUACUGAUCAGCAGUCUAUCUGCUAUCUCUGCUCUGUGGAUGAACACAAAGGUCAUGACACAGUCUCAGCUGCAGCAGAAAGGCAAGAGAAGCAGAGAGAGCUCGAGGUGAGUCGACAAAACAUCCAGCAGAGAAUCCAGGACAGAGAGAAAGAUGUGAAGCUGCUCCAACAGGAGGUGGAGGCUAUCAAUGGCUCUGCUGAUAAAACAGUGGGGAACAGUGAGAAGAUCUUCACUGAGCUGAUCCGUCUCAUGGAGAAAAGACGCUCUGAUGUGAAGCAGCAGGUCAGAUCCCAGCAGCAAACUGAAGUGAGUCGAGUCAGAGAGCUUCAGGAGAAGCUGGAGCAGGAGAUCACUGAGCUGAAGAGGAAAGACGCUGAACUGGAGAAGCUCUCACACACAGAAGAUCACAACCAGUUUCUACACGACUACCCCUCACUGUCACCACUCAGUGAAUCUACACCCUCAUCCAGCAUCAAGAUCUGUCCUCUGAGGUCCUUUGAGGAUGUGACAGCGGCUGUGUCAGAAUUCAGAGAUAAACUACAGGACGUCCUGAGAGAGAAAUGGACAAACAUCUCACAGACAGUGACUGAAGUGGAUGUUUUACUAUCAGAGCCACAGCCCAAGACCAGAGCUGAUUUCUUAAAAUACUCAUGUGACAUCACACUGGAUCCAAACACAACAUCCAAGAACCUGUUAUUAUCUAAGGAGAACAAAGAAUCAAAAUUCUCGAGUAAAAAGCAGCCAUACUCUAAUCACCCAGACAGAUUCACUAAUUAUGAUCAGGUCCUGAGUAAAGAGAGUCUGACUGGACGUUGUUACUGGGAGGUGGAGUGGAUUGGGGACGGAGUUUGUGUAGCAGUUGCAUACAAGAAUAUCAGCAGAGCAGGGAGCUUGAAUGAAUGUGGUUUUGGACACAAUGACCAAUCUUGGGUACUAUAUUGUUACAAAAACUGUUAUGACUUAAUGCACAACAGUGUCCAAACUCCUGUCUCAGGUCCCUGGUCUCCCAGAAUCGGAGUGUACCUGGAUCACAGAGCAGGUAUUCUGUCUUUCUAUAGCAUCUCUCAAACCAUGACUCUCCUCCACAGAGUCCAGACCACAUUCACUCAGCCUCUACAUGCUGGACUCAGGUUUUAUAAUGCUGAAGUCACUGCUAAGUUCAUAAAACUGAAAUACACUUAAGUCAUUUGAGGCAGAGAACAGUGGGUUGAUUUUAGUGUUUUAAUUCAUCAGCUUGAUUAUGUUCACAUUUGUUGCUAAAAGCUGAUUGUUAUUGCAUGUCGUUAAUCACUGCACACAUGUCACCUGUAACUUCAGCAUUAUAAUUGAUACUCUGUGUUGCUCUGUAAAUAGUUUAGUUUAUCUAUUAGAAACUCCCUUCUUUCAUGUGUAAUGGAAAUGUCUCUUCUUAACACAUUUCUGAUCUUUUGACCCUCUGUAAAAUGCUUCCAAGCUAAUGGAAACCCUUCCAAAUCACAGUCAGUAAAAGUAUACUAAUAUCAUUCCUGUGUGAGACUACUGGUAAACCAGGUGUCUAUUCCACUACGUUUCUAAUUUACGUCCAUCCUUCCACUUAGGGAGGGUUUACCAUCUGAAUAUAGCAAAGGUGUAAAGGUGCUGGGAAACAGUUUUGUAUCUUGUCAAAACUCUGUGUUGAUCCUUUUUGCAAAAAGCCUUUCAAUAAAUACAAAAGCCAAACUU